UUUUUCUCUGACAAUUUAUCUUAGAUAUUUAUUUAACUGUGGAGAAGGUACUCAAAGACUCUUUAAUGAAAACAAACUCAGACUAAGCAAGCUUAACAACAUAUUUUUUACUCAAAUCUCAUGGGAAUACAUUGGAGGGUUACCUGGAAUGGCAAUGACGCUAAGAGACAAUGGCCGAGCAAAUCUUGGUCUAUAUGGACCAGAAAGUAUCAAAGAGUUUAUCGGAGCUACGCGGUUCUUUUUAUUUCAUGAAAAACUUCAUUUUGAUUGUGUUGGCUAUGGUACUGAUGAAAAUCAAGAUGUUCCUGUAUAUAGUGAUGAAAACAUGGCAAUUUUUCCAGUUCUUCUGUCAGAAGAAAGUAAAUGUCUCACUUUUAAGGAUGAACAAAAUGAGAACUUACCAAAAAGAGUUAAACUUGACACUUCUACAACCAAAUCCAUUGCCUGUUAUAUCUGCAAACUAGCGACAUUACCAGGGAAGUUUCUGGUGCAGAAGGCUAAAGAAUUAGGUGUCCCUAAAGGACCUUUGUUUGGGAAGCUUAAAGAUGGAGAAGAUAUUACCCUUGAGAAUGGAGUCAAGGUCCUAGCAGCACAAGUAAAAGAACCAGACCAGGAGGGACCUGUGUUUUUCAUUAUCGACUGUCCUUCUAUCAAGCAUAUCACAAGUUUAGUGGAAUCAGAACACUUUGUCAAAUACCAAGAAGAACAUCAAGAUGGGAGUCAGCUACAUGUACAACCCUGUCUGAUUGUACAUCUUGUACCAAUGGAUGUCUUUAACGACUGCCGUUAUGAAAAGUGGAGACAAAGAUUUGGUAGCACAACUCAACAUCUACUUAUUAAUAAAGAAGCAUGUAGCAAAGCCAUAGUUUUCCAAUCACAGGCAAGAAUUGAAGCACAACUCCAUACUAUCUAUGCUGGGAUGUUUCCCCUCCUUCACUAUACAGACACACCUACAAUAGAUUCAAGCACUUUGCCAGCCAACACCAAGCCUGGAGAAUUCUUUCUCAAAUUUCACCUCAGACCUUUAAAACAGCAAGGCUAUGACAGAAGUGGCAUGCAAGAUCCUCUUGAUUUUAAAACAAUUAUGAAAAAAACUACUCAAUUACUUCAAAGUAUUGGGAAAACUGAACACCAUUUAGUGACAGAGGAAAAUACAGCACGAAAUGAUACAAGAAAAGAUGAUUGUCACCCUGAAAUAGAAAAAUACUCGCUUCAAAAACUCAGAGACAAAGAUAUUGCAGAAAAUGUUUCUGAAAUUUUAUUGGACGAAAAUGCAAUAACAACAGAAGUAAGCUCUUUGUUUGAUAAAUGUGUAGAUGAUGGCAAUGUUACAGUUUGUGAACCCAGGAAGCAACAAGACUUUGAGAUAAUAUUCCUAGGUACAGGAGCAUCAUUGCCUUCUAAAUAUAGGAAUGUUAGUGCAACAUUGAUUAAUGUAAGUUGUCAAUCAUCCCUUCUUCUUGACUGUGGUGAAGGGACACUUGGGCAACUUUAUCGUCACUAUGGCAACGAUAUGGAUGACAUCAUUGAUCAAUUAAAGUGUGUGUUCAUUUCUCACAUGCAUGCAGACCAUCAUUUGGGUUUACUGCGCAUCCUGCUUUACAAAGACAAGCAUAAACACAUUAAUGAUACUGAGAUCAUAAUCAUUGGUCCAGCGAAGAUCAAUCUCUGGUUACAAGAAUACAGUUUGUACUGUGAAGAGCUACGCUACAGGUUCAUUGACUGCACGCAAAUAGUUAAAGCUGACCAUGAAUUAAGUCAGGAAUUUCAUUGUAUUGAAGCAAAUCAGGUUUUGGCUGUGCCCGUGGAUCAUUGUGCACAAGCAUACGGGCUUGUUUUCCAACACACUAAUGGAUGGAAGGUUGUAUAUUCAGGAGACACUCGACCGUGUCCUGCGCUUAUAGAGGCAGGGAGUAAUGCCAGUGUCCUGAUCCACGAAGCAACGUUUGAAGACGUGCUUAAAGACGAAGCCAUCGACAAGAAGCACAGCACUACAACAGAAGCAAUCACCAGUGGAAUAAAAAUGAAUGCCACGUUUACCAUGCUGAACCACUUCAGCCAGAGAUACCCUAAAAUACCCGUGUUCAAUGAGAAGUUCACCAAGCACACUGGAAUAGCGUUUGAUCAUAUGAAGGUUCGUCAAGAAGAUUUGUUCAAGAUUCCAAGGUUGGUGGGUCCUCUUAACGUUUUAUUUGCAGAUGAAGUGGAAGAUAUGAAAAAAGAACAAAGACAUCUGUGCCUUGUACUAGUGAAAACAAUACAGAGGUACGAGAGGGGAAAUCUUGAUGACCCCGAGAAAGAUGUUGAGGAAAAUUUAUAAAGUAAUAAAUAUUGCAUUAUUUAUAAA